UAUGGUCUACUGCUGAUAGAAAGAAAGAAAGAAAAAGAAAAUGAAGAGCCAAACACAGCUUUCAAAGUUGAUCACUCUGUUCGGAUUCUGCGUUCCCAUUUCUUCUUCUUCUUGUUCAAUAUCUCGCAUGAAUCACAUCGCUCUGACUACUACAAUCAAUUACAGUAAAUUGAAAUUCGCUUCGCUGAGAACUCUACUGAAAGCGAAGAACCUCCCACUCUCGCUCUCUCCACGCGCCUUCGUUGCUCUUUCCCCUCUUAAUGUUGCUGCUAAUUACCUACGUAAUUUCCGUGUUUCUGGAAGUUACAUUUGCAGUGGAACCCUUCUAGGUGUUUCGAUCAUAUCUGCACCAAUUAUAGCUCACGCCAUGGAUGCUGGGGAUGCAUUGGUGGAUGAUCAUGAAUUACAGGACCUUGCAGAGGAGGAAGAAAAUGGACAAUAUUUGUGGAGAUUAGCUAGAAAAUUUUGGCUUCCUAUUUUUUUCUUUAUCACGGUGUUGACAAACUUGGAUGACUCAAUUACAAUAUUUUGCAUUAAACUUACUUUAUUCCUCCUCAGCACAAAACCCAACCCUGUCUCCGUCUAUGUAUUUGUUGAACAGCUGUGUCAAAAGUGUAUGCGCCAAGAAGCUCGAUUUCUUAAAUUAAAGUCACUAUAUGCCAGCAAAGUUGAAGUGCAGGACUAUAAGCUUCUUUGCUUGGCUGCUGUUGAAGUAAGAGAUCAAAAGUUCACUUUAGUUGGAAUUCUUGGUAGCUGGUGGACUUUGCCACAUUUACAAUUUUGGGAAGCAUUCUCUUUUGUCAGAAACAGAAUUGAAAGUAUCUUGGGAGUUGUUUUGCCCCUUCUGGAGUUUCAACUAAACCAUUGAAGAAGAAAUGGGAGAGAGGAAGAAUAGAUGAACGAUGAAAUAGACUCAGUUAAAUAGCUUGUUAAACACGAAAUGUCUAUGCUAAAAGCUCAUCCCUUAUUGUUGCUUAAUGAUUUUCACAUGCAAAUUUCCAUUCCUUGUUCUUGGUUCGUUUUUUUUUUUGUGCAAAAUGACGAGAAUGAAGAUAGAAUCUAAGGUUUAAUGCAUUGUACUCAAAUCUUGGACAGCUAGUAAGUUUCAAAAGUCAUAUCUUUGUAAGAUAUCGACAUGUCAAGUUUUGUCGGA